GUUCACAUCUCAGUCUGCACCUAGCAGAGCUGCUGGUGCCGCCACAGAACAUCUCCCGAGCACUGCCGGUGGCUGACCGCUGACUGAGGCGAGGACCGGGACAGGCACUGCCAGGCCACAGGCCCCCACUUGGGCACAAGGUCGAGUCUUGCCUCCUGACCUGAUCCUCCUGGAGAAGUGACCCCUGAGACAAGUCACUGGCACCCUUGCAGCCUCUUUCUAUGACUCCGUCUGGAUUUGGCUGGCUGUGGGAACAGGCUCCGAGGGGCUGCCUGGGUCUCAGUGUGGUGGCAGCAGCCAGCUCUCCGGCCACCAUGGCGAAUGCCGGAAACUGAGGCGACAGGCUCUGCAGCCUCAGUCGAGGCACAGGACAGGAUGGAGAACAAAGCCAUGUACCUGCACACAGUGAGUGACCGCGACACCAGCUCUAUCUUUGAGGAGCCCUUUGACGGCAGGAGCCUGUCCAAGCUGAACCUGUGUGAGGAUGGUCCGUGCCACAAACGACAGACGGGUGGCUGCUGUACCCAGCUGGGCUCCCUGUCAGCCCUGAAGCAUGCUGUCCUAGGACUCUACCUGCUAGUCUUCCUGAUUCUUGUGGGCAUCUUCAUCUUAGCAGUGUCCAGGCCCCGGAGCUCCCCGGACGACCUGAAGGCGCUGACUCGGAACGUGAACCGACUGAACGAGAGCUUCCGGGACUUGCAGCUGCGGCUGCUGCAGGCUCCGCUGCAGGCGGACCUGACGGAGCAGGUGUGGAAGAUGCAGGACGCGCUGCAGAACCAGUCGGACUCGCUGCUGGCGCUGGCGGGCGCGGUGCAGCGGCUGGAGGGCGCGCUGUGGGGGCUGCAGGCGCAGGCGGCACAGACCGAGCAGGCGGUGGCCCUGCUGCGCGACAGCACGGGCCAGCAGAGCGACGCGGCGCAGCUAGAGCUCUACCAGCUGCAGGUGGAGAGCAACCGCAGCCAGCUGCUGCUGCGGCGCCACGCCGGCCUGCUCGACGGGCUGGCCCGCAGGGUGGGCGUCCUGGGCGAGGAGCUGGCGGACGUGGGCGGCGCGCUGCGCGGCCUCAACCACAGCCUGUCCUACGACGUGGCCCUCCAAGGCACGCGGCUGCGGGACCUGCAGGUGCUGGUGAGCAACGCCAGCGAGGACACGCGCCGCAUGCGGCUGGUGCACAUGGGCAUGGAGCUGCAGCUUAAGCAGGAGCUGGCCGUGCUCAACACCGUCACCGAGGACCUGCGCCUCAAGGACUGGGAGCAUUCCAUCGCGCUGAGGAACAUCUCCCUGGCCAAAGGACCGCCGGGCCCCAAAGGCGAUCCAGGGGAUAAAGGGAAGGAAGGCGAGCCUGGAACCCCUGGAUUACCCGGACUUCGAGGUCUGCCAGGGGAGAGAGGAAUCCCAGGACUGCCUGGCCCCAAGGGCGAUGAUGGCAAGCUGGGCGCCACGGGACCGAUGGGCAUGCGCGGCUUCAAAGGUGACCGAGGCCUGAAAGGAGAGAAAGGAGAGAAAGGAGACAGAGCGGGGGAUGCCAGUGCCGUGGAGACCGUGAUGAUCCGGCUGGUGAAUGGCUCCGGCCCACAUGAGGGCCGCGUGGAGGUGUACCAUGACCGGCGCUGGGGCACCGUGUGCGACGACGGCUGGGACAAGAAGGACGGGGACGUGGUGUGCCGAAUGUUGGGCUUUCGCGGUGCAGAGGAAGUGUCCCGAACGGCUCGAUUUGGGCAAGGCACAGGGAGGAUUUGGAUGGAUGAUGUCGCCUGCAAGGGCACAGAGGAUACCAUUUUCCGCUGCAGCUUCUCCAAAUGGGGGGUGACAAACUGCGGACAUGCUGAGGAUGCUGGAGUGACGUGCAACAGACACUGAAAGUGGGAAUGGCCUUGCUGCAGAGCCUCCUUCCUGCAUUCCUGGGGUGGGGGCAUUGCUUGGGGCUACCCUGGCCAUGCCUCUGUCCUGCCCAGUCCAGCAUCCCCCUGCCCCGUAUCCCUAUCCCAGGACCCUGGUGGCCUGUCGGCAUUCUCCUCCUGGACAACUGCUCCAAAGUGCAACUCUGGGAUCUACUGCCUGUCUCUCCCUUCCACCAGGGUUCCUGCAUGUGGAGCCCUGGUCAACUGGAUCGCCAUUUUGCCCAGCCUUCUAAACACCAUGCCUUGGGCCUCAAUAUCCAUGUUCCCUUUUGUUCUGUUAAUUACAGAUGAAUGCUGAGAGUAUGUCAGAUCAAAUGCAGCAGUGGGGACAGGAAGGAAGUAUAACAGAUCAUUUACUCUUCAGAUGAUUCCAAACCUCACUUAGGCCAAGAGUUUUGACAUCUUCCUUUCCAACAAAAGAAUGAUUCAUUUUUCCCUCUUUACUCUGCCUCUGCACACCGUUUGUUAGUUUGUGGAAAUGAUGUAGAGGAGUGAGAGAGAAAUGCAAGUCACCUGCAGGAAUCAAUCAGGAUUUGGCAAAGGGGAGCGAACCUAACAUUUAUUGAGUGACUACCAUGUCUGCUACAUAGUAUCUUGGGUGCUAAAUUCAUUUAUUCACUUUGCAGCAUUUCUACAAGGCAUGUUAGCUUGGGUAAGACCUUACCGCCAGGUAGCACUCAACUGACCCAUUCACUAGGCCUAUAAGUCAGAAGAUUGAGAAUGACUGAGACCGUUAUCUCUACUUGAACCUUACACCUGAGCAGGAAGCUCGGGUAUAAGACAUGUGUGACUAGAAGGUUACAUACUCCAAAACCUACAAGGUGGAAGCGAAAGAUCAGACAUGACUGGCUGCCAGACCAACCAUCCACAUGGGAGGAAAGCGACUUGGAGAGUGACAUGGGGGCUGUCUGGAUUAAACCAAGACCCACACUCAGUCGUCUGGCAGUCAGGGUUAAAGGCAAGUCGCCUGUGUCUCAGAGCUGUUUGGAGGUGAUGAUAUUGAACCUUCUGGGUCUCUUUGGGUGGAUCCUGUGAUCGGGAGAACACGUGUCCUGAUGAAUCCUAUAGGAGUGGAAGGAAAUGAGGAUUCCCUAUUACCUCUGGGGGAAGAAGGGGCUGUGGGCCCCUCUGCAAGUCUUCAAUCUGCACCCCUCUCCUAGUGACAGGGAGAUCACAGUCUGCUUUUGACACUGAGGAGGAGGUCAAUCUGGACCAUAUACGUGUUCUAGGACUAGCGGAGGUACAAGGUAGCCAGUGAACACAGACCCACCUCACCUGUGGGAGUCAUAGACUCAUAGACAUGCCUCAGAUACACACUCACCUGUCAUACCAGGUGAGCAUUGGCUUGCCUGGGGAAAGCGACACCUUGGACCCUCCAGGUGUAGGACCAGCAAAGUUCCUGGCUGCCAACUAAACCAAUAUGUGCUAUUGGUUGCUCUUUGCUUACAACAUGCUUGUUAUUCAUUAACAUCCUAAUGAUCAGAGACUCUCCUUCUGACCAUUUGCUGUGUUUACACAACACGCAUGUACUCAUGCAUCUUUUUCCAGAGCCAAUAUAUGUAUGCAUAUAUAAACAUAGCAUUCUUUACUACAUAACCCAGCACAUUGCAAAGUUUGCAUUAAAAAAAGAAAAUACUAAAGAUGGAAAGAUGUCAUAUUGAAUGAAAUAAAUUCCCAAAUUGGUUCUGGCAAGAAUCCAGUUAUCCCACUAAUGAAGACCCACAUAAUUUUCUUACUUGGUCUUUUCAUUUGGGAAAACACAAGUCUUGUCUUACAUCAAAAAGCUUUAUGUUUUACAUAAAAAUCUUUAUGUUUUACACACAAACAAGGGUGAUAAGUGUUUGAACCUUAAAAUAAAAGUCUGCUAGUUUACAUACCUACUUAAGAGGACAUGGAAAUAACCAUGGACCUGUAUUUCAGGGACUAAAGAAAAUUAGGCCUGGCCUAAAAUACAUUAGACCUUUUGUAUGAAAGAAUUUCAAUAAAGCUAAAAACAUGUCACUGA